UGGCCCAAGAAUAGAGAGCAUUGCAUUGGAGCGCAGCAUAAAAUCUCGCAAUGAUAAUGACACGUGAUUCGUAGUCUCUGCUGGUACGAAGGAUAUGUCAACGUUUGAACUUAUCGGUUUUAGAGACCUCCCACUGGCAGCUUGUUUUACAUGGUUAGCAGUUGUGCUUAUUUUAUACGGGGUGUGUGCUUGGCUGUGGGCGCGUGUGCGGCGACAGUGGGUCGGAAUCCCAUUUUCUGGCACAGGGCAUUGCUGUUUCAUCACCGGCGCGGGGGACGGGCUCGGCCAGAGAGUGGCUCUGCGAUUUGCAGCCGAAUACGCCGCCCAUCACUGUUCCCAAGAGGAGUUUGCCGACAGAGGUCCAGAUCUGUCGCCGCUGUCCCAGGUGUUCUGCGGCGUGCUGAGUGAAGAGCAAGGUCGCGCGUUGGUCGGCCUCGCGAGGCAGCAGACGGGUGACGACUGUGCUCGCUUCCUGCACCCCGUGGUGUGCGACGUGGCGUCCGACGCCUCCGUGGAGGCGUGCAGGAAGACAGUCGAGGACUACUGCGCGCAGCAUGGCCUCGCACUGAAGGUCGUGGUCAACAACGCGGGCGUGUCGGCCUUUGGCUUCGCGGAGUGCCUGCCGCUGGCGCGGUUCCGGCAGAACAUGGAGGUGAAUUUCUUCGGCGCGGUGAGGGUCAGCAAGGCCUUCCUCCCGAUCCUGAGGGCCAACAAGCCCAGCCGCCUGCUCAACAUGGGGAGCGUGGGGGCACUGAAAGCGUCUGGCUUCGGAUCGGCGUACCUCUGCUCGAAGGCGGCGAUGUGCCACCUGAACGAGUGCCUGCGCGAGGAGCUCCAGCCGCUCGGCGUGAGAGUGGUGAUGCUCCAGCCAGGCUUCUUCGCGAGCAACUUGCUAGACCGCGCGUCCUCCAACGGCGCAUCAGAGUCCGACCCGGCACUAUCACGUGUGUACUGCGACUAUGGCGCGAUGAUGGCGGAGACGGCGAAGAACAUCGCGAUCUUCGAGCGCCUGAACGGCGGGAUCGGCGGGGCGGCGUGCAUCGCGGAGGCGGCGCUGGAGGCGGCGACCGCUCGCUUCCCCAAGUCGAGGUACCUGCUCGGGAUUGACGGCUACAUUCGGGCGACACUGAGUCCAGUCGGACCACGUCCAGAUGGAGCCGGGGGGUCCACCUGUCGGGACUCCAGCUGGACUCAGCCUGCUCUCGGGCGGCGCUGAGUCUCACCACCCACCAGACCCC